AUGGAGUUUACUCACAGAGGGGCGGGUGGUAAGGAAAACACACUUACGCCCGAGUCUGGCGAAUACAUAACUACACUGGAAGCUCACUGGGGUUUAAAAAGCGGUCGCACGCGCAUUUUCUACCUUUGUUGGAGCACAAACAACGGCAACACGGUAUCGGGCGGCUCGCAAACGAAGGAGGAGCGCUCAGUGGCUGCACCAAAAGGCUUUCGGCUUGUCGGUUUCUUUGGCCGGUAUGGUGAUGAAAUAACCUUUAUCGGAGCAGUGUGGUCGAGCAUUGCACCCAUCAACGAAACCAAUACUACCGCCACGGUAUCUGCUGACGAGGAUAUCGCACUUGUAGAGCUCUUUGGCGGUCCACACGGCAAUGCAUUCUCGGACAUCGACAUUAAAUUUGGCCCAACUAUUAGCUCGAUUACGAUCCCCUCGAACAAGCGAGUCGAUGCAGUAACGUUGCAAGUUGUAGCACCCUCAAAGCUCACUUUAAAUCAUGGAGGACGCGGAGGUACAGAGAAGACAAUCACGCUUGCUACUGAUGAGUACGUCACUUCCAUAGAAGUUCACUGGAGCAAGAAAGACAAAAGCACACGAGUCUUUUACAUCAGUUUCACUACCACCGCUGGUCAAACAAUUUUCGGUAAAACCAAGACCAACAAGUUUGGAGUCGCAACUGCUCCGGAGGGAUUUGUGUUGAGUGGAUUGUAUGGUCGUGCUGCAGACGAAGUGGACCAAAUUGGUGCGAUAUGGACGAGGAAGACGGUGAAGAGUAUAUUUCCCAACGAUCCUUCGGGGGUGGGGAAUGGUACAUACGGUACUACAAUUCGUAACUGGGUGGGUCCUACCAUCGGCAAGUCCAGUGAUACCGCCUGCUAUCGAAACUCGAUGGACUUUGAUAUUAACAACAUUUGUUCGCUGGGUUACAGCAAGGAUGACGACGGCUGUGCAGCCCGGUGUCCGUUGUCAUACCCGAUUUCGUGUGGCUUGGAGUGCAUUCCUCAAAACGACGAUUGCGUCCUCACAGCACUCGCAAAAAUCGGCUCUGUGGUCGCUGUAGCGCUCAAUGCUGCCACUAGCGGAGUGCUCGGCCAGAUGCUGGCAAUGUAUAAGAUCACGCAGUGGAUUGUCUUGUGCGUUCGAAAUAUCGUCGAGGUGAUCAGGGGUCUGGUCUUCUAUCUCCGAUACCUCCUCCAAAAUGCUCAGCUCGCGGACACAGUGCUGAUUAUCGUCGAAGGUAUCGUGAAGCAAGCCAUCACAAACGGUGAAGAAAUCAUUUCGACCGGAGCCAGUAUCAUGAGUCUGGUCACUGGCAAUGGGAUGGUCAGCAAAUCAUCGACGACAGUAGCCGAACUUGACGAUCUGAUUGCCCAGAACUCGAGUUGUGGCUGGGAGCUCAAGCGGCUCACCGAUCGCGUCACUCGUGCUGUGCUCAAAUACGGAAACGCGAGUACUGUGGCUAACGACAUUCGAGUGAGGGUGUACAAAUCGUCGAUCGUUCUGAACGAUAUCCCCAUCGUCACGAACAACUGCAUGGGCGAACUUUUGACAACGAAAUUGAAGACAGCAGCAUACGAGACGCGCGACUUGCUGCGUAAGACGUUCGGGGUAAUCGUUGACCAGCUCAUAGAAACGGGGAAGACGGACGGUGGCAAGGACGUCCCAGAUGACGACUAUAUGCUGGAGGUGUCAAACAUGGGUCUGAUUGUACUCUCAACGGUCGACCCGACAGGCAUCGCGUACAUGGCUUCACAGUUCGUACAGCCGAUAUGUGGACCCACUGCUUACGUGGGUGAACUCGACGAUGGAACACUGUACGACGCACUAGGACUCAAAGUUUUGGACGAGGCGUUUGUGGGGAGCUACGGGCCGUACACGCACGCGGGUGAUGGCGUUAUCCUCCUUAAUUUUGAGCGCGUUGAUACCAAGGAUGUGACGGUUGUAGUCCACUUGGGUGGUGACGAGUACGCGAAAGUUGAUAUCGGUGCGGGUGAUGUCACGUCGUGGCAAGCGACGUUUUCUGAGCUGGAGGAUAAGACCAUGUACUUGGACCGCUGGCGUCCCAGUCUGGCGGGGUUGCCCGGUAAAUCUGGUGGGUCAUUACUGAUGUGGACUCCUCGAUCGUCCGCGGGAGGUCAUAUCACCAUGCACGUCAGGAUUAAUCCGUCUUAG